AUGGCCGCACCUUUGCCAACGUCGGCAACACUCUUCCCCGAUAUGUCUGCGGCGUCCCCCUGGGCGUCGUCUCUGCCGGAGGAUCUGGUUCGCCUGGUAGCGUCGCGCUUGCUUGCCGGCGAUCUGCUGGAUUACGUCCGCUUCCGCGCCGUUUGUGCCCCAUGGCGAUCCAGCACGGCCUCCCCGCGCGGCCGCGGGGUCGUCGACCCACGCUUCCACCCGCGCCGCUGGAUGAUGCUUUCCGAGGGCGGCGGCCUCUACCCCGGCCACCCAAAGCUGCAGGGCUACGUCCGCUUCUUCAACCUCGACACGGGAGCCUUCGUCCGCGUCCACAUGCCGCUGUUCGAGGACCACUGCGUUCUAGAUUCUUUCAACGGCCUCCUCGUCCUGCAGCGGGACGACGACACCGCCAUCCGCCUGCUCCACCCUUUCACCGGCGACAUUCUUGACCUGCCACCACUCAAGACUCUCCUCCCGCAGAUGCACGAGGUAUUCCCACAUUUAUCCUCGCGAAAGAAGCUUCCGUAUCUCAGAUCCAUCUCUACUGCUGCUACCUUCGCUGAUGAUGGUGUCGUCACCGUGAUGCUUGCGCUCCGUAGGACACGUCGUGUGGCCGUUGCUACCUCACAGGAUCACCAAUGGACUAUGUCCACCUGGUACUAUGUCAUAAAUCGUGCACCCUUCCCGUACCAGAGCAAGAUUUACGUGGUGCAUGAUCUGGGGGGUGAUCAUUCAGCAAAGAUUUUCCAGAUAGACACACCCCUACCAGGUGAAGUGCUACAGCCACCGAAGCUGAUCGUCAAGUCUACUGCAGAUAAACUACGUGGGCCUGUCUUCUUGGUGGAGUGCGACUCGGAGGUCCUGGUGAUAGGCUAUAGUAAGAAUCUCUCUUCCAAAUUGCUAGUUUACAAGCUCGCAGAUAUUGUCAUGGAAAAGUAUACCCCGAUGACAAGCAUAGGAGACAAGGCCAUUUUCUUACAGCAGAGGACUCUUAGUGCCUCUGCCAAGGCAUUGCCUACCCUUGCGUGA